AUUGUGUGUUUGCCGUAGACGACGUGAAGGUUUACUUUGCUUCAUCCAACGAGUCUCAGUCCGAAGAAAUCAAGGAGAUCAAAUCGGUCAAGAAUCAUCCGGACGGGAGAAUUCUCUUCAUGUCUGAAGAUGCUUCGAAGAACUUGAGCAGGGUGUCCAUUGCAAUCCCGGGGACUGCCUUCUCCCUUGAGCAACUCCAGCAGGUGUUCGCGAUCAUGAAGACAUUUGCUGAUGCCAUGGCGAGGGAAGAAAGGGAGAGGCAACAGAGAGUGGAGGAGGAGAAGUUGAGGAGAGACAGGGAGGCCAGAGAAGCAGCCGAGGCAGAAGCCCAACGAAAGCUGAGGGAGGAGGAGGAGAGGAAAGCGGAGGAGGAGAGGAGAAGAGAAGAAGAGAAGCGGCAGGCAGAGCUGGACAAGCAGGCGAGGAAGGAGCGGAGAGAAAAGCAGAUCCGUGACACGGCUAAGAAAGCCAAGGACCCGAUCGUGAUGCUCCUGCAUGGCCCUGCGAACAUCCUUGCCUGCAGCACCAGGACGUUGUAUGUGAUGGAAGAGGACGAUGUGCUGAAGGAAACGAGCUUGAAGGACAUUCAGAAGGUCGGGAUGGGAAAGGAUCCCAACAGCAUGGCUGUCUUGGUUGCCGGCUCUCCCUUCGUGGAGAUUUCCGUCGCCGACUACCCGAUGGAUCAGCUAGGCGCUUUCUUCCAGAAGAUCUCCAAGUAGUUAUGGGCCGGUGGGCUCGAUGUUGUAAACUAAAAAUGAACUUCGG